AUAAAACUAAAACUAAAUGCCUGCCAGCUUUAAAAGAUUCAUGUUUAAAAAUUCACUCUUUGGAUUCCAGUCAGCUUAAUAUGUUUUCAAGUGAUCAACAAUUUGUGCCAAGUCGCAUAUUGUCAGCCAGGAUUAAGAGAAUAAAUGAGCUGCAGAAUGAAAUUUCAGACCAAACACGACAACUGGAAGCAACCUUCUCAGAGAACAAAGCUUUAAAAAAACUUCAGCAACGACACAUGAAGGCCUUAAUAAACUUUGAGGCUAAAGAAGGCAGCCUAUCUCAGCUCUUUGUAAGGCAUAACACUGAAGUUAAGACUCUAAGGGAACUCCUUCGGAAUUCUAAAAUGCAGGGUCAAAGUAUGUCUAGGAAACUUCAAGAAACAAAUGUAGAACUUUUGAAGACCAAGAAUGUACUACAUAAGCUACAGAAACUUUCAGAAGAUAAGAACCUGGCAGAAAGAAAUGAAAUAAUACAACAACUCUCUGUUGUUGCAGAUAAACUUGACAAUAAGGAGAAGAAAAUACAGGUAGGAAACAUACUACAACAAAAAGGACAUUGA